CCGUCUGUGCCGAAGCAAAUCUGAUGAUUUUGAAACGAUGAAUCAGCAAACAGAUAAGUUUGUGAGGAGGAUAACAAUGGUGGCCACCGUUACGGCUUCCUAUUUCCUCUUAACCGCUGACUAUGGCCCCGAACCCAACGUUCUCGACCCUAUUAAGAAUGCGAUACUAUCUGCGGAAAGCUCUCUGAAAGAGUAUGUCUUUGGAUCAAAGAAAGAAGGUGAUCAGGAGAGUUCAGUCCGGAAGCCGCCUUCUGAUGGUAGAAAGGAGCACCCAUAGUCUACAAGGGAGAGAAUAGAUUUUGGCAGAAGCAUCAGUUUUGAAUUUUAUUUCGAGGGAAUGAUGUGAGACCAAACUCCUUAUGAUUAAAAAUUGUUGAAAUUUGUAGUAUGGAAGUAAUGUUGCAGAUUCUGAAUGAAAUCUCCAGAAAGUAAUAGAAGAAUAGAAGUUUCCAUUGUUGAUCAAUGGUUCUGAUAUUUGCACCGCUAAAUGCUAAUAUU